AUGGAUAUCGAUUCCAUCUUCCGUCGAAGGGAAAUGGAUCUGAAAAAAAUAUCCUUGUUUUUGGCCAUCAUAGCUUUAUCGCGAUCCGAGAGCGAAAAUGUGGCGAAAAACGAAAUUCUUGGUAACGACGCAGACUUUGACGUAACACCGAGCGAACUCGUUUCGACGGCACCAAGUAGACGGUCCUUAUCCCAUUCCCUUCUAACGGACCAAUGCGUUUGUAUACCAAAGCCACAUAACGCCAGAGAGAUUGCCGACCUUUUAAACCCAGUACCAGGGAGCUAUUAUGAAAGACUAGUCGUCUACGUCUACAGGAACCCAGCAACGCAAGAUGUAAAAUUCUACAUUCCGAGCGCUACGAAGCAGCAAGCUUUUCCCGAUAUCGCCAUUGAGGCUGACGACGUACUAACACAAGUUAAAACAGGCGCGUUCAAACGCGUCUUCGACAGUAUAACUACAGUCGUUCACUCUUGGGUUACUGUCGUAAACAAUAACCCACAACCGCCACCGCCACACCAUCAGACCGACGAGCAUAAUCGCUUCUUGAUAGACAUCAAUUUCAUCAACACUCUAGGUAAAGCUAAACUCAAGGGUAUCCUGAAGUACUUAACUUUGUUUAAAAAUACAAAACAGAUACUUGGCACUUUAACAGGCGUAACAUUGCAAGACAAACUAAUACAACUGAAACGGUUAUACCCGAAGAUAUUCACGCAGUUUGUCACAAAGAUCUCCAAAUUUUAUCCAGUGUGGCUCAACCAUGGAAGUAUUCUACGCUUCAGACCAGGACACCUCAAAAACUUCCCGUAUGACAUAAACCUUAUUCCCCUCUUUAAACGGAAAGCCAAAGUUAUAAAUGGGCUGCUGAAACCUCCCAAGAGAGUACAAGAAAUAAUGAUAUACACCCCAAAACAAACGGUAAUACGCGAACUGUAUCCUGAAAUGAAGAUUGGACUGAAUAUACCUUUUAAGAAAUGGUUGAGUAUUGUUGUGAAGGGUCUGAAUAAACAACUUAAAUUUGCUUCAAAAACAAUAGACAGUGCCACGCUUGAAACAUUCGUCCGCAGCGUUUUACAGAAGCGGGGAAUUUCCAUUAGUGGCAAUCAAAUGAUUGUUUCAAAUGGAAACACUAUUGCUUCAUCUAAUAUCGUUUUAAGACCAAUACUUAUUGGCGAAGCUGGGUUAGUCGGACAAGUCAUUAAUGAUGGAUUAUUUAAAAUACCCUCAGAAAUUGUGUUUAUCGAAGCGCUUCUAGUAUCUGGGGGGAAAUCUAAGAGCCUAGGAAUCAUACCGGUGUCCAAUGUAUUCGUUGGUUAUCAGGAGGAGGUCAUCUCGCAAACCACCACAGUCCAAGUUAUAGAAACGGUAACAACUUGUGAAGGAGGACAUUGUCAAACGAAGAAAGUGUGUAAGAACGUCAAGGGCCAAGAGGAGCCAUGUAAAGAUUUUUCUCAGGGGAGAUCUGGUAAAGUUAUACCUGUUUCGCGCAGAAUAGUUAAAAACAUACCAGAUACUGCGAUGCUCGAUCGAUCAGGCUCAAAAUGUUCGCCAUUUGGAUGCAAAGUAAAGAAAUGCAAGCAUAAGCAUAAUUGUGAAUAUUUCUUUGACUACCCGUUAGCUGAAACUAAAAUUGAAACCGAUAAUGUUCAAGAAGUAUCUUUACCUAGUAUUUUUGAGGAGCCUUACGUAUUAGUAGGUAGGAGUGGAAAGUCCCAUCACAGGCCAGCCGCGCUGGGGGAACAUGGUAAGAGAAAAUUACACCAAGUAACGCCGUUCAAUUAUAAUGGCCACGUUAAAAAAGCAACACUUCCACGAGAUAUUUCAUGGUAUGGUAACGAGGCCGAACCCGAAGAGAUUCAAUCUCCAAAGUACGAUGACGAUGAUGUACCCGGUAUCAGAAUUGUUGGAGGAAAUGCAGCAACUAUGAGUGGAACUCCAGUGAAUAAUAAAGGAAGGUCAGGCUACGAAGAAUAUGAAUGGUAG